AUGGGUUGUGCGAUUUCCCUGCUGACUUUGGUACUGAUUGCCUCGGGCGAGCUCGAGCCCGAGCCGAGAAGGGGCAAGGCAGGCAAGAGCAAAGCAGACCUUUCUGCAUCUUCCAAGGCACCAGCAGCACCUCCGCAAAUCGAUGUGCAUGCCUGGCAGUGGAAGGUGCUUGCAGCCCUCCGGGCCGCCGCUUCGGACGAAGAAGCGGAGCGGGCGCUCUCUGGGCAGCUGCCUCUCGAGAACUAUGUGCCUGCACUCCCGGCAGAUGGGGACUUGUUUGUUGAGGUCGACAGGCUCAUCCGCAGAAGCUGGUGGCGGGCAUCGCGCGCCGCCAUCGUCCGCGGCCGCCAGCAUCGGAUGGACUUGACUGCCCCGGUGCGCCGCUGUGCCCGGGCCCGUGCACAGUACGGCGGAAGCCGCUAUCCGUUGAAGUUCUUUCGCGGAACAAGCCGUGAGGAACUCUUGGGCUUUGUCCAGGAAGUGCUCCAGAUUGGUGAGGUUCCGGCUCACCGGAUUCGAUUCCUCGACAGCGACGGCCUGAUCGUCCUUCUGAACAGUUUCGUACCCUCGGACACGGUGCUCAGGGUGCAGCUAGACACCACCAUGGACGAGCUCGUCCUGCAGCGAGUCAGCUCUGAUGCUUCUGAUGGCUUGCAAUUCCUGCUGCACGAGCUGCACUGUGUGGAGGAGGUGCUACGCAGUGCGGCUCUUAAGCGCCGACGUCUCCAGGAUCUUGUUGGCCCUGCGCAAGCACAGCGGACGGUCUUUCGAACGGACCUUCCGAUCUACAUUCGCCAGAAGAUCUUCGAGUGUCUUCUCGUGAAGGAGACAGUUCGGUUGCCAAACGUGUGUCGAAGCUUCAAGGCGUUCUGCACCACAGAAGGGCGCCGGGUAAUUCCGGUAAUCGACGACCGCGCGCUUCGGGGCGGUCCAGUGGCUGCAAAGCGGCUAGCGCGCCUGGUGCACCCUUCCUUCAUCUACAUGGUUGCUGUGAAGGACCACGGUGAGGCGGCCAGUGCCUUUCUGGAGGCCAUCCUCAGCGAGUGCCCUUCCGAGUUCAAUAGCCUAACCCGCAUCAUGGUCAAGAAUGCUCGCUUCGUCUCGGCAACGCUCCUUAUCCGAUUGCUGAAGAGGGCGGCAAAGCUGAACGAGGUCAAAAUCCUUACACGCCUGGAUCGGCCGCUGCCGGCAGAGUGUCUGCGGAGUGUGGAGAGUCUUUCUGCAUUGGUGCUCCAUUCCACAGAAGUGGUGGGUUUCUCAUCGCUGUUUACCGCUGGUCCUUUGGCUGCCUUGCGUUUUGUCCAGAUUGUGGACAGCCCGCACUUGAACUUUGACAUGCUCCUGGGCACUUUCACGUCCCCAUGCCCAACUGGCGUCCACGUUCAGCAUCUGCAGGUUUCCCCCAGCUCCGAUGAGCCGCAAGACCGGCACUGGAGUCAGUGGGUUCAGCCCUUGGCAGAUCUCUUGCAGAGCCCUCCGAUGGCUGCCUUAGUGCAGCUGGACGUUCCUGUGCCCUCCUACUCCGUGACAGCGGCUGAGACCGCCAGGGCAUUGCUGGAGCGCCUGCAACAGAGGCGCUUGCCCCGGGACCUCGCGAGGCUCCGAUUCCUUCCCUACAAGAAGAACUGUGACGCUUUCGUGUCGCGUCCAACCUUUCCUCAGAUGGAGACCGUGUUCGAGAUCCAAGAGAUUCUGGGCCAGUACAGGCAAGCUUGGCCGUGGCUGGAGGUCCGUUUUCCUGGCGUGGAUGGGCCCUCGGAAGACGUCGACUAG